AAACUGGGAUUCCCUGGUAUGGGUAGACACUAUUUAAGGAUAUAUUUCAGGUGUCUGAACUCUGCUGCAUUUCAGAAAAAGGGUGUUUUUAUAUUAUUAUUAUUAUUAUUAAACAAGUUCAUGCACACAUCCUCAUUUAUGGGAGAAGCUAGUAAUCUGUUUAUCCUCUUCUGCGCUUUAUUCCCUCUGUGUUUUUCAUCUUGUUUUCACAGAUAUCCAAUACUAUGAAGGUGUUAUUUGGGGUGGGAGGGAUUAGAGAAUAGAGAUUUUUCACAUGGACACGGCUCUUUCAAUUUUCGACUCUGUUUUUGAUCGUCCAAAUUCUUAAGAAAAGUUUAAUUGAGUUAAGUACUUUUAGUUGUCUGAAAAUAACUGUUACGCCUAUUGUUCUUCAAUAUCCUGAAAAUGUUGUAACAUUUUCUAAAAUAAAACGGUUUAUAACUGGACUUUGACCAUUAGGAGCAUGGGAAAUUGGGAAUGACUAAACUCUUAACAAUGAUAAACUUUAAGGUUUAUUUUCUUUUUUGAGAAGUAGUUGGAGGAUACUAUGGCAUGCUGCUUGUUUUUGGCAAGAAGCAGUAGCUGCUGCAAUAACACAUGUUUUCUUGUUUACAAAAUGAAGAACAGGGAGUGGUGAUGCAUGCCGUGCAUCAAACAUUUGGAUCUUAGCAAUUUUGUUUGUUAUAUGUUUAUUAAUUACUACUUGUUUAUUAUGGCAAGGAACAUGUUUGUUAUCUGUAUAUGUUUAGGAGAUAUUUUAACGGUUCAAGUCAAAUUAAUUUAUCAAGAAGUUAUUAGAGGCAGACCUGGGUCAUUUGAAUAAAAUCCUAUUAAUAAUAGUCAAGUUGGUUUAGCACACAUGUCGAGGUUUGUGUAUAGCUCAUUCUAUUCUAAUAUUUUGAAUUUGAAGUUCAUUUUUAAACUGAGAUAAGCUGUUUUUUCCUGUCCUUUUCUUUUUUGGAAGGUUGGGGUUGCAAGAAUCAUUCUCCGUCUUGUUGCUCCAUUUGGAUACAGGACUGAAAAGUGUAUGCAGCUGUGCCAAUAUGAAGUAAAUAAGCAAGUAGUGACUUGUAAGGCCACUUUCAUCGACAAACCUAAUUAGCAAUAACAAUUAUUUUCUUAAAAACAAAAGGAAAAAAGAAUAGUCCCAUGCAAAAAUACGAAAAUACGAUAACAGUGGUGAUUGCGGUAAUGGACAAGGUGUGAUACGGUUACCUUAACGUCAAAUAUCCACCUAAGCAUGAGAUAUCCAUCAAAUCGGUCCAUAAUGUGUUUUCUUUUACACCUUUAAAACAAAUACAUGUUUGGCUUUUUGUUAAACCUUUACAAAGCGGUUGAUGUAAUGUUGCCUUAUUUUUGCACUAUGACCUGGUUUCCGUCAGAGUUUUGACACUGUUUGUUUCUUUGUUGAAUUUCCCCUUGUUGUAAAAAGCAUCCAGGUGCAGUGAUGUUAGUUGUGGCCUUAUUAAGCUAGGGCAUCACAAUUUAGAGAUGAAAACUUUUAUUUUUCCUUUUACUUAGCAAAACGCGUAGAGAACGUAUAGAAAAAGGAAGGGCAACAGGGACUUUUGGGUGUAUGACUGCUGUCAGGAUGGGGAUUCUUUUCAGUAUUAUUUGAGGAGCCAUUUUUGCAAUGACCACAGGUAAAGAAUAAAUGAAUGGGAGUGAGGGCUCAACUGUCUUUUAAGGUUUUUCCUUUAUUUCUUCCUUCAUGUGAAGAAUAUUCAGUAUGCUUGUUUUGAUGAUGAGGAUUCUCUCUUAUCAAAAUAUUGAGUCAACAUAGAAGUAAUCUAAGCGGAAAAUCGACGACGUUUGCCAUGUCAUCACUCAGUCUGCCGUCUCCUCAUGAGGGGUUGGUAUGGCCUCCAUGUUGUCUUUCUUGUUUCUAUGUUCUGCCACUCCGGCAUAUUCUCUUCUACCUUUCAGUCAAAGGAUGACAUUUUACUUAAUUGUGUUGUGUGUCAUCUCAAGAGACUAACUUAACAAAACUUGAGUCGAUGAUUGAAGCCUUAGGAUAAUGAUGUUGUAUACUCUAAUGCACCUCUCGUGCAGAGCCCCCCUUAGGGGAGAAGUAUUGAACACGGAUCCUCCCCGUAGGCUAAAUACUCCAUUUGAGAUGAGGCGUGAAUAAAAUUCGAACGUGUGACCUUUGGUUACGUUGGCUUCUAUAAUACCAUAUCAAAGAACCAAAAAGCUUAAACUUAUGGUUGAAGCUCUAGUAUAUGUUACAUACUCUACACGGGGACACCUAAUAAAGUUUAUUUAAAAUCAUUCUUUUUCAAAGCACUGCAUCAUCUUGAGCAUAAUGAUAAAAGCUUUCUGACAGUGGAACCACAAUUUGCAGUUGUCUGACAUUUUCAUCAAUAUCCUUUGGUAUAUCUUGGAGUGUAAAAAUGGACCACUAAAUGGUUUGUUCCUAAGAAUAUGUCUGUGGGUUCUUUUUUCUUGAAUUGUGAGCUAAGAUAAAUUUAUUUUUAAAAAGUACAUAUAAAUUAUCAUCUGAACUCACUUAUUGGUUCAUAUAGUUGAUUCCAAUCUUUUGGAAAUAAGGGUCGGGCAUUAUUGUUAAUGAAGUACGUAUUAUGCACGUCCCGGCCAACAGUCAUUUAAAGUAUCACUGUCGCGUGAUCGUCUCUCGGAUUGGAUUGUUCCUCUUCAGAGUGGUUUUUGAUCCUUAGUAGUGAUACCACCCAAGGGACAAAGUAGGUUAAUUGUUGCUGUAGGAUUUUGUUAAUGAUAUUCAAAGAUAUUAUCAAAAAAAUCAAGCCAAUAAUCUUGUUCUGUUAUACUAACUUUUUAAGUUUUACAGGUGUAGCCUCAGAAAGGACAGGUAAGCCAUGUCAGAAUUACACUUUCAGGACAGUUAGACAGCAUCAACAUUUGAUAUGAGUUUUCUUUGAAUUAUUGCACUAAAGAGAAUCCUAAACUUAGAACCCUGAAGAUUUUUCUUCUCUUUUCACUUCCUUUUCUUUACUUCAACUAUGUUCAUGAAGACUGUAUUCAUAGCUUUGAAAUCAUUUUAUUUCCGAUUUUCCUGAAUUUUGUGGAUCUUUUCAUGUCAUAUUAACGAGAUGUUUUCACGAGAACUACGUGAACCUUCUCGUUUAAAAAAAAAAAAGGAGUUAAAGUCCAAUGUUUUGCUAUGAUGUUAUGUGCAUCAGAUUCACUAUAUAUCCUUUCACAUGAGAAGAUUGAAAGUUUUUAAAAGUCCAAAGUGAAAGUUGUCCCCUCUCAAAUAACAUCUUCCCCUUAUAACACCUUGGUAGAAGUGGAUAUUGGAUGAUUGAAGAGAAUAUAAACACAAAGAACUUUACAAGAAGUGGGAAUCUGAAAAGAUAAGGGGUUAAUUUUUACUAAUUAAAUCAUCAGCUCAUGUUAAUUCGCUUGCUAAAUUAUAGUAUGAUUAAGUAUUACACAUAAUGUUAUAUUCAUGAAGAUCUUUUGAACUUAAUAUAGAAAUAAAACGUGUGUUUAUCAGUAACUUUCCGCAUUAGAAUCCUGUUCUAAUAGACUGCAUCAUAAAGGUCAUGCUAAUCACUUCACUGUGUUUUUUUGCUUACUGUUAACAUCAAUAAUUACAGAUCAUAUUCUGGUAUUUGAAGAUCGGAUGAACAGUUGGUCUUUUCUGAGGGUUCAGUUAGUAAUUUUCAACUUUUGGAAUCCUGUUUAAGGAAGAAGCUACAUGAAAAAGAUAGAAGGAAGAAGGGGACAAUGAAGAUGACGCUAACAUUUAUGUCCCUACACAGGGAAGGAAAUGAGCUGGGCAGGGGACUGGAUGUGUGGAGCAUGCCAGCACAUUAACUUCAAGAAGCGAGAUGUGUGCCAACGAUGUGGGUAUUCCAAGUAUGGAGGGCAAAUCGAUGCCUCAUCAUACGGAUACAAUACCAACAGCAACAGGACUGAAGUAUUGGCAGGGGACUGGUACUGCCAGGCUUAUAAUUGUAGGUCCCACAACUACGCUAGCAGGAUGAACUGCUUCAGGUGUGGUAUGCAGAAACCCGAGUAUGCUCUUGGAUGCUCGGGAGCUAGCAAUGUCAUCUCCUCCAGUGCAGGAUAUGUUUCUGAGGCUAAUCUUCCUGGAUGGAAGACUGGUGACUGGGUUUGCACCAGACCAGGAUGUGGUGUGCACAACUAUGCAUGCAGGACGGAGUGUUUCAGGUGCAAAAUGCCGCAACAUUUUUGAGGAAUGUAUUACGAGAAGUGUUGAAGAAUUCGAUUUCAUAAUUAUCAUUAAGAUAUUGAUUUGUAUUCUGAUUAGCACUAACAAGGAGGUUUAAUUGAAGUUUUGUAACUAAUUCUAUUGGCUUGUUCCUUACUUUUUUGUGCUCAUAUUCUCUAAAACGUCUUCUUGACAUGUGUAUGUUUCUUGAGGAUGGAAUUAAGCCAUUUUCUUUUCUUUCCUCAAAAUUGUUCUUGCCCUUAUUCCAAGUAUCAUCUUGUCACAAGGCUAUUGCUCUUCAAAUACUUUUGAGACUAAAGAAGAUUUUGUAUAUUUAAGUUUCGAUUACUAAGUUACGUGAUAGAGUAUUAUGUCCAAGUAUAAUGCAACUCUCGAAUUUGGGUUAUGGUGAUAGUCGUGAAACUAUUUUUGCAGUUAAUAAGGAUAAUUUUGCAAUUUUUGCGGUUAUAAUAAUGGUGAUAAUAACCUUAGGUGCAUGUACAGUGUAGUUAACGAAAUCAGUUAGCAUCACUUAAAUACAAAAUAAAAUUAAAUAGUACAUGUAAAUAUACCUUAGAUGAGCUUGUAAGUAUAUUAUCUUCUACAUGAGUUUAUAAGGUUUGAAACCUAGUUUUUAUUUUUCCAUUUCGAAACCAAUUGUUGUACCAGUUUCCAGAUAAUCCCUCAUUCCUUAUAAAUAUAUUAUUUUUAAAGAAAAGCUUCUAUUAAUCUUCCUACAAUA